GUCGAAUGAGCCCCUCCCGGACUUCAUUCAGAGAAUGCAGGACUAUACAGCCGCACUCACCCAGGUCAAGGAACAGCAAGAGGCUGCCGCAGCCGAAAGACUACGGCUAGCAGAGGAAGCUGCAGCACAAACCCAGCGUCAAGCCGAGGCAGACCAGUUGGCGAUCGAUCAGCUCAACGCCGACAGCGCUGAACUUGUAAGUGGUAACCAAGCACAAUGGACAGCGGUGCUCAACGGGAAGCGUUAUGUCCCGGUACCCGGCAGCGAUCCGACAACAGUACAGCAGGAGAGGCAAGACCUGGCAGAUAUUCUACUCCAUACAAUGCGCGCCGUCAUUUGGAACAGCACCAUGGGAGAGCUGCAUUCCCAGUCCACACUGCAGCUGCAGCACGAUCUGAGCCACAACGUGAAGAUAUUUGCAGCAGCUGUCAAGGUCGCAGACAACCAGCUGAAACAGCUAGAUGCACGCAUUGUUACCUUGGAGGCAAGGCCUCCCCAAGCAGCGCCAGGCUGCACGACAGAUAUGACAGACAUGACGAAGCAGCUCAAUGGGCGCAUUGAUCAUGUCGUCAAUCUCAUCGGCGAUAUAGGUGUUUUCAAUGGGCCGGACAUGAUCAGUAGCACGGUGGCCGCCAUCAAGACGGACAUCACCAAGCUGCAGACGAAACCGGACGCCUCCACGAAGAAUUACAAGAUGCCGCACUUCGACAUCAGCAAGUUCGACGACAACAACAAGACGGACGCUUUGGCAUGGUGGCAACGUUUCCUCACGGAAGCAUCAUGCCGCACUGUCCCGGCCGACGACAUGAUGAAGGCGCUAUACUUACAACUGAUUGGAGGAGCGCAGGCAUGGAUGAACCAUCUGGCGACUACCCACAAAUGCACCAUCGCCGAACUCCACACGCACCUCACGUGGAAAGAGUUCGAGAAGCUAUGGUUCACCCGGUUCAUGGUCCGCAACGUCGUGAAGGCGGCCAUGAACGAGGUGUACACCUGCUCUCAAGGGAGUAUGCCAACUCGAGACUGGACAACCAAGCGGCAGAAGAUUGCCGCCCUUCAGUUCCCCUGCUACGGCGGCUCUGUCAACCUUCUCAUUAUCAUUAUCGAGGGAGGCCGAUCCUGUGAUUGCAUAUUCACCAGCGCCGAAGGCGCCCUUGCAACCUGCAGUGCCUUGAUUGAUUGUGGAGCGUCUCGCAACUUUAUGAGCCAAGCCUUUAUGGCCCGCGCAGGCCUUGGCCCGCGCGUUCGAAGGAAGACGCAACCCACGCAAGUCACACUCGCGGACGGCCGCACGCAAAAGUCAAUUGACCGAUGCGUCGACGGCGUUCCGGUAUACUUUGCGCCACUUGCGUGCGAGCCGGUGUCUUUUGACAUCCUCGACACCAAGUUCGACAUGGUUUUAGGCAUGUCUUGGUUGCAUAGUGCCGAUCAUCCGAUGAACUUCCAUGACCGAACCGUUCACAUCCGUGAUCGGAACGGAGUGUUAGUCCCAUGUACGGUCGCGACCCCUCACACUUUGAUUACUUGUCACGUGGUUUCCGUUGCGAGAAUUCGUGACGCAAUUGCUCGGAAUGACGUCGAGGAGAUGGGCCUUGUAUUCUUGCAUGCUCUCCCCUCGCCGGACGGACCAGCCGCGUCACCGCUGGACCCACGCAUUUCUCACCUCUUGGACGAGUAUAGAGACGUCUUCGAGGCUCCCACCGGAACGGUUCCGGAUCGGCCCAUACGUCACGGGAUCACUCUCGAGGUUGGCGUCGUCCCUCCGCGUGGAUGUAUCUACCGCAUGAGUGAAGAGGAACUCGAGGUGCUUCGCGCACAACUCGAUGACCUUCUCGACAAGGGCUGGAUUCGCCCUAGUUGCUCGCCAUACGGUGCCCCUAUUCUCUUCCUCCGGAAGAACGUCCUCAUCUACCUUGAUGACAUCUUGGUUUACAGUAGAACGUUGGACGAGCACAUCGUACACCUUCGCGUUGUUCUGGAUCGUUUGCGACUAGCCAAGUACAAAGYGAAUCUCGACAAGUGCGAAAUGGCCAAGCAAGAGCUUGAGUACUUGGGUCAUUUUGUCACGCCGAAAGGCAUUCGUCCCUUAGCGGACAAGAUCCAAGCCAUCGUGGAUUGGCCGGAACCCCGUUGCACGACGGACGUACGCUCUUUCAUGGGUUUGGCUGGAUAUUAUCAGCGAUUCGUCGAGUCAUACUCGAAAGUGGCUGCUCCUUUGUCGAGACUUCAGUCCCCGAAGGUGCCCUUCGAGUUCGACGACGCAGCCCGUGGCGCGUUCACUACGUUGAAGGCAGCAAUGCAAGCCGCGCCUGCCCUCCGUAUAUAUGACCCCACCCUUCCCACCCAAGUGACUACGGACGCUUCGGGGUACGAUACUGGUGCGGUGUUGGAACAGUGUCACGAGGACGGUUGGCAUCCGGUCGAGUAUUUCUCCCAAAAGAUGGAUGACCAGACGGAGCGAGCGCACCAGACCGCUCAGAUGAUAUUGCGUACGCUCAUCUGUCCCGACCAGAAAGAUGGGGUUGACCGGCUUCCCGACAUCGAGUUCGCCUAUAACACUUCAGUGCACCCGCCGAUCUGCGUCACACCAUUCGAGUUACAUCAUGGUGGAGAGAAAGCACGGAUCUUCGCUGAUCUCCUUUUGCCACAGGCUGCCGACAUAGACGUCCCUUGCUCUCCCGCUUCCGUUCGGAAGUACUUGGACUUGCUGAUCAAAGCCCGCGCGAAUAUGCAAAAGGCUCAUAUCCGCAUGCAGCAGCAGGCUAACCGACGUCGACUUCCAUGUCCUUUCCGCGAGGGAGACCUUGUUUGGGUCCUCUCCGAGGAAUUUGCGCUUGAGCAGGACGUUUCGCGCAAACUCCUUCCGAAAUGGUUCAGACCAUGGGAAGUCACUUCUGCCGUUGGAGACGACCCCGCAGGUCCUUCCUUCGUGAUGAACAUUCCACCGCACCUUACAGUGCAUCGGGUCUUCCACGCGUCGAAGCUGGCCAUCUACACGCCACCUUCAGCUGACGAGUUCCCCGGACGUCGAUCACAGGAUCCGCCUUCUAUGGACGGACAUCAGGAAGUUGACCGAGUCAUCACGCACCGCAAGUAUGGCAACAAGCCAAUGCAGUUCAAAGUCACAUUCAAGCAAUGUGCGCCUGAUGACACUCGAUGGAUCUCCAGUACAGAUUUGCAGACUUCUGCACCCCUUAUCUUCGCCGACUAUGAGAAGCGACGCCUUGCUAAGGAAGCAACUCGUCCCGCCCGACCCACCCCGGUAUCGGACAGACAACUUCGCCCUCGCAGGUAGCUCGGUCUUUUAAGAGGGGGAGUGUGUUACAUCUUCAACGCCACACGGGUCCUACCGGACCCGACUUAG